CAUCUCAUGACGACCGCAGUUCGACCCCCUUUUUCCUGAAUGUUGAUAGUGGGUGGAUGGCAGGGCCCAAACAUCGGCUGUUAUUCUGGGUACCACCCGCUUCUCGAGACCUGUUCUAUAGCCCUGAAACUGCGUUAGUGAUUCCCAGAGGAGGUCCUGAGCUUGAUUUAAGUCGCAUGGCACAUGGACAGCACUGGCAGAGGUGCCGAGAGGAACCUUAGUACUGUGAUGAUCAUAUUUUAGCGAUUUUGAUAUUUUUGGACAUUUCAGAUAUAACUUGCAUGUAACGUGUACAGUGGAUAAUAUUUCGUGUUCUAUAUAGUCUAUGCCCAGCAUCCAGUCAGAGU